CUGUCUGUCUGUCUGUCUGUCCAGGGGGUCUACAUUGCAGGCCUGGGCUCCUUCACCUUCUCUCAGCAGAAGCUGGACGUAGGCAAUAAGUUUGUUUUGAUCCAGCGACCCAUCUUCCUGCUCUCUGAGAAGCUGUCCCAGUCACACGGCCUCAAGCAGGUCAAACCGCUGUCUGCAGCAGGGGACGUGCCACUAGUCCAGCUCAACUUCACAGCCCUGUCUGUGGAGAGCCCGUUUGAGCGUCACGUGGUGGAGGGCUGUGUGAGAGAGACUCUGCUGGUGUUGCUGAGAGCCGUGGCCGCCGGCCGCUCAGUCCUCUUCACCUUCCACGCCAUCGGAGAGCUGUUGUUCUGCCAGAGCAAAGUCAAGAUGAAGUUCUACCACGACUUUGUCACCGCCUUGGACGGCAGUGGGAGGCUGCUCUUGGCGCUCUCCAAUAGACCUGGCACCAGCAACUCUGUCCUGUUUGAGAGAUCCAGCAUAACAGGGACCAGCAACACCAUCAUCCUCCCCAGGAUCUCUUCCGAACAGGGGGGGAAGGACUGGGGAGAAGAGGCCCUGGCCCAGGUCCAGACAGACUCAGACAGGAAGGAGAAGAAUAGAGAAUCCCUGGUGACUUCACAGUCCAGAUCCAGACACACCCUGCACCCAGCCAAGGUCAACGGGAUCAGUCUCACUGAUGACCUGGAGCCCAGACCUCCAGCGGAGACCAACACUGACAGGUCCACAGUGUCUAUCCUACCACUGGAGGGCGCUGCUCUGAAGGAGGGGAAGGUGAAGAGGGGGGACUCUCACCUGGACAUGCCCUGUGUCAACCACAACAGGGCUGGACAGGAGUUGUGUUACCUGUGCAUGCAGCGGGCCCAGCGUAACAUCCCCCACUACCUGGCAGAGGAGAGGCUGACGGAACAGCAGGAGGAGGAGAGGGUGUUACAGUUCAACGAGCAGCGCAGAGACCAGUACUACCUACAGAGGCAGCAGGCGGACCGUCUGGAGAUACGUGAGAACAACCAGAAGGUGGCAGCGUUCAACCUGGCAGUGUCUGAAGCCAUGAAGGCGAAGAAGGUUGCUCGCUCCUCCCACUUCCAUGGUUCGUACAUCUUCAGGGGCCGUCCCCUCACCCCUCCCAGGGUUCAUAAGCAGCGCGGCUACAUGCAGGAUCUGCGGGCCCAGGCGGAGUGGAGGAAGGGCCAGGUCAGCCAGACUCAGCAGGAACAGGAGCUCAUCGACCUGCUACAACAGGUCCAGCUGGCACAGGAAAUCGCCUUGCAAAAGUCCCAGCAGCUCCACCUGAGACAGAAGAACACUAGCUGCUACAAGAAAGCCCUGGAUAUACAGGUGGAGUACCAGGGCUCGGGCCUCCCAGCGCGCCUGCCCGACUCGGACGGCCCUGUGUUUGGCCAGCUGGACUGUACCCCUGCUGGGCUGUCAGAGCAGAAGCAGCGGGCGGAGAAGGUCUACCAGGAACAGCUGACCACGGCUAAUAACAAGAGAAAAGAGCUGCUCCUUAACCGCAGCACCAAACAGAAGAACGAGAGAGAGAUGCUCAACAGGAACAGGAAGGAACUGAUAAACGACCACAUCAACCGCUUUGAGAAGCUGCGUAACCUGAGGGCCUCGUUGGAGGACACCUGGAGACGCAGCGCCGACCUGAAACGCCACCGAGACAGAGAGGAGAAGGAAUUCAUCAAGUCUGGGAGCAGUCUUCUGAUUGACCAGUGUGAGCAGUACCGCCGCUGUUACCAGUGCAAGAGGAAGACAGAGAACUGUGGAGAGACAAACAUCUGGAAAGAGUCUCACUACAUCCCUGGCUCUCGCCUCAUGGUGUAGACCGCUGAAACCUGGUCUCAGAGCAAACGUAGCCAUGCCACUCCAUUUAGUAUGAUAUGUUACUUUACAUUAUAUUACAUUACAUUGGCUUACCAACGUACGAGCGGUCGUACAAUAUAAUACGAAUUGUAGGACGUAUCCUACGUCUUGAUCGCACCAGUAUCGUUUAGUAUGAUUUAUCACAGUCGACUGCUUUAGUUUGAUAUAUCACACUCAACUGCUUUAGUAUGAUUUAUCACACUCAACUGCUUUAGUGUGAUAUUUCACACUCGACUGCUUUAGUAUGAUAUAUCACACUCAACUGCUUUAGUAUGAUAUAUCACACUCGACUGCUUUAGUAUGAUAUAUCACACGCAACUGCUUUAGUAUGAUAUAUCACACUCAACUGCUUCAGUAUGAUAUAUCACACUCAACUGCUUUAGUAUGAUAUAUCACACUCAACUGCUUCAGUAUGAUAUAUCACACUCAACUGCUUUAGUUUGAUAUAUCACACUCAACUGCUUCAGUAUGAUAUAUCACACUCAACUGCUUUAGUUUGAUUAGGUUAGGAGUUAAGUUAAAAGGUUUGGGGAAGGGUUAGCUAGCAUGCUAAGUAGUUGCAAAGUACCUAAAACGUAGUAAGUACCUGCAAAGCUGCUAAAAUGCUAAAGUAGUCUGUGAUUAGUUUGAAAUAUGUAUUCUUUGGCUUGCUAAACGUUUGCUCUGCCUUAAGUAACCUACUGUCAUACCAACGUAACAUAUCAUACUCAUUUGAGUGUCCCUGGAUUUACAUAUGCCAAAAAGGAGAUGUUCUAUUGGAGUGACAUGGAUUUUAGCAAAAUAUAAAAUAUGUUCUGAGACCAGUCUGGUAGAACGCAUGAUGUGGAACCGCAACAGAGCUGGGGUCAAUUCCAUGUCAAUUCCAUUUCAAUUCCAGUCAAUUCCAUUUCAAUUCCAUUUCAAUUCCAUUUCAAUUCCAUUUCAAUCCAGUCAAUUCCAUUUCAAUUCCAGUCAAUUCCAUUUCAAUUCCAGUCAAUUUCGGAAAGUAAAUCAAAUUUCAAUCAAUUUUCCUCAUUGAAAAGCAUCGUAGAUAAUUGGAGUUGGAAUUUCAGUGUACUUCCUGAAUUGACUGGAAUUUAAAAAGAAUUGACUCCAACCCUGAACAAUCCUCAGAAGACUACAAAUCUUAGACUUAAUCCUAUAAAUAAACACCAGUCUGUGAAGGAUAAUACUUGAA